GCCUGCGAGGCUCGGAUAAUUAAAGAGUCCCACAUGGAUUAUAUAUAAAGUGUUUAACAGUCUUUCUCAAGCCAGAGCUCAACAAUGGAAGCAUUGAAUAUAAAAAUGGGAAAAAGAAUUCGCCAUGACAGGCUUCUCAAAGCAUUUAUCUUCUUCUUUGUUGACCUGUCUUUAUGUUCUCCCUCAAUAACUCAAGGGGAACUUCCAUUCAUGACUUCUGAUGUGAAAGAAGUCGCAGGCAAAUCCUUUGAUUACAUUGUUGUAGGUGGAGGAACUGCUGGCUGUCCCCUGGCAGCGACCCUUUCCGAGAAAUUCUCGGUGCUAUUGAUAGAACGAGGCGGAUCGCCUUACGGCAAUCCCUUGGUGAUGGAGAAGAGAUUUUAUGGUUACUCUUUGAUUCAAACAGAUGAGUUUUCAUCAGUAGCACAAGACUUCACAUCCACUGAUGGUGUUAGGAACAGCAGAGGACGAGUACUUGGUGGAUCUUCGGCUAUAAACGGAGGGUUCUAUAGUCGAGCCAGCGAGGACUUUAUUGACAAGGCUGGCUGGGAUAAGGAAUCGGUUAAGGACGCUUAUACAUGGGUGGAAUCCAAAAUAGUCUCUAAACCUGAAUUGACACCAUGGCAGACUGUUGUGGAAUUUGGCCUUGUUGAAGCUGGAUUUCUACCUUACAAUGGCUAUAGUUUAGAACAUGUUGAGGGAACAAAGAUUGGUGGAAGCAUAUUCGAUGUUUGGGGCAUCCGACAUACCUCGGCCGAUCUUCUGAAGGCUGCGAAUCCCAAAAAUGUCGUAGUUCUUUUGAAUAUGACGGUAAAAAACAUCGUCUUCAAGAGCAAUGGCAAUGCAUCUGAGACAACAGUGAAGGGCGUAAGGUUCAUAAAGAGCGAUGGCAGCAGGGAUCAAACAUAUAAGGCCUAUCUAAAUCAACCCAAGAAUUGUACAUCAAAGCGUGGCGAUGUGAUUUUGUCAGCCGGGGCAUUAAGCAGUCCACAAAUUCUGUUAUUAAGUGGCGUUGGCCACCGUAAACAAAUCGAGAAUUUCGACAUCCCACAUGUGAAAAACUUGAAAGGAAUAGGCAAAAAAAUGAAAGACAAUCCUAGUAUUGCUGUUUUGGUGGACACAAAUCCACAAAGUCGACAACCAGAGCCUCCUCAAGUUUCGGGGAUUGCGAAGGACUUCAAGUUCAUAAUCGAAGGAGGGGUUAUACCUACGAGCUUCAAUGCGACGAGAAUGCCGAUAGCUGCCAAGAUUGCGUUUCCAGUAUCGGAAGGUGAACUUAAAUUAAGCAGUAGUGACCCAAGGCAAACCCCUGCAGUGAAAUUCAACUACCUAGAUGAUGAAAAGGACUUGGACGCUUGUGCAGAUAUGGUGCAUUUGCUUGAACGAGUGGCCAGGUCCCAUUCAGUUGCUUUUUACCUUGGUGCUAAACCCCAGAAUAACUUGAUGACUAGCACUGAUGAGCAAAGGAAAUUCUGCAAAGAGAAUGUGCGGACGUACUUCCACUACCAUGGAGGGUGCACGGUUGGAUCGGUUGUGGACAAUGAUUAUAAGGUUUAUGGAGUUAAAGGGUUGAGAGUUGUGGAUGGCUCGACGUUCCGGGAAUCACCGGGAACAAAUCCGAUGGCUACUCUGAUGAUGCUGGGGAGAUACCAGGGGCUCAAAAUCUUGAGAGAAAGGGAGCACGUUUCUUCUUUAAGUACUCAACAAAACCCUUAACAACAUCACAUUUGUAUGCUGACAGCAAAUGCAUAUAACUACUUAUAUAUGUUUUUCUUUUCGCAAAUGUUUUUAGCAGCAAGCAAGAGAGUAACAUUCCAUUAAUAGGCAUCUUAA